GCUACCAGGGUACUUUUUCGCAAACUUCCUUAUUUUUUUUUCCCUCCUCUUCUCUUUCCUUGCUAUCUCCGCGAUUCGGAAAUGGAGGUCUGCUUGUCUCCUACAACAACAAGAGGUUAUCCAGAGUCAUUGCUGCUUCAAAAAAGGGUGAAACUUCCUUUACGGAAUUGGUGUUUAGUGUCCAUUUCACGAACCGGAGCAGUUGCCCCAACUUUAUUUGCUCAAACUGGAAUUCCCAAUAGGAAGCCCAACAACGUGAAGGUUUUGUGCAGUCAAGUAAGAGAAAUUCCUGUGGUUGAGAGCAGGUGUAUUGAUGAAAUAUAUGAUACUUUAGCCGAGCGGCUUCUUCCUACUGCGGCAGUAGCAUCAAAUCCCAAGUUGAAAUACAUUGUGGGUUUGGCUGGUCCUCCUGGUUCUGGAAAGAGCACUCUAGCAUCUGAAGUAGCACGACGUGUAAACAAAUUAUGGCUCCAGAAAGCUUCGUCACUUGAUUCCCAAGUUAAGCCUCCAGAUAUAGCUACGGUUCUUCCCAUGGAUGGAUUUCAUCUCUAUCGUUCGCAGCUGGACAAGAUGGAGAAUCCAGAGGAAGCCCAUGCAAGAAGGGGAGCUCCAUGGACAUUUGAUCCAGCGCUACUACUUUCACGCCUCCGGAUUUUAAGAAAUCAGGGAUCAGUUUACGUGCCGUCAUUUGACCAUGGUGUUGGAGAUCCAGUGGAGGAUGAUAUCUUUGUGAGCUUUCAGCACAAAGUGAUUAUAGUAGAAGGAAAUUAUAUAUUGCUGGAAGAUGGUGUUUGGAAAGAGAUAUCAUCUGUAUUUGAUGAGAAAUGGUUCAUUGAAGUUGAUAUUGACACAUCAAUGCAACGAGUCUUAAACAGACAUAUUUCAACAGGAAAGCCCCCAAAUGUUGCGAAAUGGCGGAUAAACUACAAUGACCGGCCUAAUGCAGAGCUUAUAAACAAGUCGAAGAAGAAUGCAGAUUUAGUAAUCAAGUCGGUUGACUUCUGAAGGUGAACUCAACUGGCUCUAUAAUUGUACCCUUUUCCCCUCUCCCAUAUUGAAAAAAAAAAAAACCUGGCUCUAUUAGCAGAGAUCAGUUGCACUUGUUUUGCAUCAAGUUAUUGAAAAGCAGGGGAGAAUGGUGAUCAUAGAAAGUUAAUCAUAUCUUUUGUUUUCGUUAUUGUAUGUGAUUGAAUUCAUUGAUGGAAUAAGGUGGGCAUGUUUCAUCUUUGUUGGAAAGAUGGCUUAAAUGUUGCACUCUUGGAAAGUGGUAUAAUAAAGCUGAUGGGAAUUUUCACAUUCUGCCAA